AUGGCUUGCAUCCACAGGCAGACUGACCGCCCAGAGAUACGGGAAGAAAUUUACCAGAAGGACGACAGGCUCCUCACCUUGUUGAAAGAUGUUUAUGUCGAGUCCCGGGACCCCCCCGGGCAGGUAAAAGAUGGAGGUGGUGAACAUCUUCCGUGUAAACAGGAGGAAAAGAGACUUACAAAACUAGGCCACUUGGGAGAGCUAGAUGUUAAGAAAGUUCCCAAAGGCAAAAUUUCCAUUGUGGAGGCUCUGACACUUCUUAAUAAUCAUAAACUUCAUCCUCAAAUAUGGACUGCAGAGAAAAUAGCAGAGGAAUACAGUCUGGAACUGGAGGAGGUCAACGCUCUUCUGGAAUUCUUCAUUCCUUUCACUGUGCAGGAAUUUCCUAAAGAAACAAAAAAAGCUAUAAAGGCAACAUAAACAUAAUUACCAAAACCUUGUGUGAUCUCACUCGUGUCUUAAUUUUACUCUUGAGUAUAUUCAGUAUC